UUCUAGUAGCAUCAGUACGAUUGUGUGUUACAUCUUCAAGUUAAAGUUUACGACUGUCAAUUUCGAAAAAAUCGUGACUUAUUGAAAUACAUCUGAUAUAGUUCUGGCUAUGGCUCCUUGGUAUCUGAAUUUAUUUUUAUGUUUGGUAUUUCUACGGCAGACGCCAGAAGCAUCUCAAGUAAUAGUUUCUACAAGAUAUGGCAUGAUAAAGGGUCUUUCUAGAGCAUUUGAMAAAUCUAUUGGUUUAGGAAAUGUUUCUAAAGUUAUGAAGUUUCUCGGAGUACCAUAUGCCUCCCCUCCAAUCAACGAUUUACGCUUUCGUCCUCCGAGAAAGCCUAGACCUUGGAAAGGAGUCUACGAUGCAACAAAGUUCAAACCGGUAUGUUGGCAAGAUCCACAAUAUAAUCGCAUGUUUUGGUUGUCGAAUUUCUCAUGGCCACAAAACGAAGAUUGUUUGUACCUUAAURUUUAUACUCCGAAUACUAAUGCAAAGAUAUUUUAUCCCGUAAUGGUUUAUAUUCACGGUGGAGGUUACGAAGCAGGGUCUCCAGUUGUCAGCCCUGGAGAUGUGCUACCGUUGUGGGAUGUUGUCCUCGUCACUAUCCAAUACCGCCUCGGGCCUUUUGGAUUUUUUAGUACAGGAGAUUCAGCUUCUCCUGGAAACUAUGGAAUGUUGGACCAGAUUGAAGCUCUUAAGUGGAUCAAGGAAAAUAUUCGAAUGUUUAAGGGAGAUCCGUCCAAGGUUACUAUAUUUGGAGAAAGUGCUGGAGGAUCAAGUGUAGGACUUUUGUUACUAUCUCCAUUAUCAAAAGGACUCUUCACCAAUGCCAUUGCUCUCAGUGGAAUCGACCUAUCUCCAUUUGCAGUCAGUACACAUCAAGAGGCCGUUCAGCUCUCUAAAGUGGUAGCGGGAAGAUGCAAAUGCCCUACGACUGACACUGAUGAGAUGAUUUCGUGCAUUCGUAGAAUUAAAGAUCCUGAAAAAAUAUUUACAAUGGAGGAUGUAAAUGUCUGGCGUCCAGUGGUUGAUAACAUAUUCUUAAAUGAUACACCAAUGAAUAUCAGAAAAGCGAAAAAAUUUCAUCCCUAUCCUUUGAUUGUAAGCAUGACAAGUGAAGAGGGAUCUUAUUUCUACCAAAAUAUCACAAAGAACUGGACAUAUAAAUCUUUUAAGAAACAACUUAUCAAAAUGUAUGGAGAUAUAAGCAGAUACAACAAAACUGCAUCACCUGCAGUAGAAUCAAAAAGCGUAGAAGACGCAAUAAUCUUUCAGUAUACUCCAUGGCCUGAUAUCGAAGAUCACUCGAAGCUACAAAGACGUUUAGCUGAUCUGGUAACUGAUUACAGCGUUGCCGCACCUGCUCAUGCUGUUCUUGAACUGCACACAAUGUUGGCCCCUGGGUAYUUGCUGGUCUUCAGCCAUCGAUCUAAACUCAGUAAAGAUCCAAAAUGGAUGGGGGUGGCACACAAGGCAGACACUCCUUAUCAAUUCGGAUUUCCUCUUAUGCAGCUAAAUGUUCUCCAAUAUUACGACGAAGAAGAUAAAAAAGUCAGCGAGUUUAUAAUACAGUAUUUUACAAACUUUGCACGAACCGGUAAUCCAACGCCUGUACCCGUGGGUGGCUCUUUGUGGAAGAAAUUUAACAAAACCAAUCCAUACUACAUGAAUUUGACAAUCCAACCUAAAUCGCAUCAGUACUUUCAUAGCAAAGGCAUCGCUUUCUGGAAUAGCUACUUUCCUAAAGUUUUGUCGCUAUCUUGCACAAAGAUUGAUGUAUUGCAAUAUAUUUCCGGAGGCAGCUGCGGUUAUUGCAAAGAAAGCCUAUUUCUGCUGUUAUGUUGCAUUGUAUUAUUCUUGAUCAAUUAUUGGUAAAAAAACUCUAAGACUUUGACUGAUACAAUC